GAGAGUUCUUCCUCCGAUUUCCAAACACCUCAAAGUCAGUUAAAAAAACUCGGCUGCGCCUCGUUUUUUUGAACUCACUUUUCGGUGUUGGAAAUCGGAGGAAAAACUCUCUCGCGUGUUUGAAAUAUUACAUGAAAAUCUUGGACUUGCAAUAGAACUUUGCAAACAUCAUAAUGUACAGAUAUUAGGCGUGCAAGAAAGCUGGAGAACUGGUACUGAGUAUAUUGAGUUUAGUGAAAACAAGGAACAGUGGAAAUGGAUAAAUUUCGGAUAUGAAAAAAAGAAUAGAGCAGGGGUUGGCUUUAUCCUUGGUCCCAACGUGAGAGUGAUGAAAACAGUGGAACACCUGGCUGGUAGAAUCCUAACAAUCUAUGUUAAAUGUUAUGGCUUAUGUUUACGAAUAACUAAACUGAAGUUGAGAAUCUUGAAAAGAAACAACGCUUUUAUAACGAGCUUCGAAAAUCAAUGGUUGUCAAGGAAAUGAAAAAGUACACUACUACUAGGAGAUUUUAACGCUGUUAACGCUAAUGUUAUUUACGAGGGAUAUACACCAACAAUAGGAAGAAACAACUCCUCUACAAACCAUACCAACGAAAAUGGAAGACUAUUAUUAUAACUUUGUCAAGAGCAUAAUUUACGUAUCAAUACUAUCUUUAAGUCUAAACGUAUUCAUCGAAAUACUCACAUUCUACCGGACGGUACGAAACGACGUUUAGACUACAUAAUAGCUGGAACUCAACUUCUCAAACUAAUGGAAAACUGUAGAGUUUAUAAUAAACCUAAAAAUGACUGGAAGAAAGCGAUAGGUACAGAUCACACGGGAAUUUGCACUUUCUAAGAAGUAUAUAACAUGCUUUCAACAACAAGGAACAAGAGUCUCACGGAAAUUAAACCUACCACUUUAAAGAUCACUUCAGGAAGAGAGAAGAUAUUGAUAUGCCCCAAGAACUUGUACACCCUGAAAGGUAUCCAGAACUAUUCAACGAUCAGAAAAUGGAUAUAAACUUCAGAUCCACCUAACAGAGAGGAAACAAAAUCUGCUUUUAAAAGCUUCAAUAAUGGAAAGAGCUUUGGAACUGAUAAAGUACCAACUGAAGCAUUUAAGUACGGAGUAUCUUCCAAUUUACUCAUCAUGGCCGUAUGGAUGUUAUUGCAAACUAUUUGGAUAACGAUGACGAUUCCCUCUGACUGGCUGAAACUCUCUAUAACCUGUCUCUUUAAAAAAAGAAGUAAACAACUAGCGAGUAACUACCGUGCUCUGUCUGUAGGGGCAAACAUCUCAAAGAUUUUAUCCAAGAUAAUUAUUACACGACUAAAAGAAAGCUACGAGGAAAACAUAUCAAAAGCACAGUUUGGCUUCAGACAGGACAGAUCUACGACUGAUGGGGUAUUUAUCAUGCGACAUUUUUAAAGAACACCGAGGGACGGAUAAUUGCAUUGUAUAUUGACUUAGCAGCAGCAUUUGACAAGGUUCCGAGACACAGAAUGUAUGAAGUACUGAAAAUCAGAAGAAGUUGUAAGAAGUUGUUUGAUAUCUUAUGGUUACUGUAUGAUGGAACAACUGGAAGAAUCUGCGGUGAUGUUGAUGACUUUCCAAUUGAAGCAGGAACCAGACAAGGUGGUAUAGGAAAUCCAACUGUGUUCCAUUGGUUCUUUGAUUGGGUACUUAAGGUAUCUGCGCAUGAAAUCGAUCAACGUUUCCCUGAUGGAUGGGGUAUUCAAUGCACAUAUACAAUUGCAAAUGCUUGCUAUGGCAAAGAAACACUGGGCGCAUGAAUGGAACUGAAAUGAUUAAAUGGCUACUAUAUGCAGACGAUGUUGCAAUUUUUUCAAAGGAUCUUUCUAACUUACAGGAUAUUUUGGAUAUUGUAUACACAACUUGUUCUAGAUAUGGUCUACAGAUUAGCUUCAAGUAAACAAAAACACAAGUUUUCAAUGACUUAGAACUCAUGAACAAAGGAAGUCUACUGAACAUUUUUGGGAACGAUAUUGAGAAUGUUAAGGAAUUUAAAUAUCUGGGACAUAUGUUUUACAGCGACCCAAAAGAUUCUUUUGUUGACAACAGAAUUAUCAGUGCAACUGGUAAAUUACACGAUCUAAAGAAUGUUCUCACAGACAAUAAAGUGUCCAUGAAAACUGGAAAGAAAAUCUUAGAAUCCUGUAUUAGAUCUAGACUUCUUUAUUGCUCAGAAGCACAAUUACCGAAUGAGGAAGAACUGAAAAAACUCGAAACAUGCUGGUACGGCCUUCUAAGAAGGAUGAUAAAAAAUGGCUGGAAGAGAAAAACAGAUAGUGAUGCAUGAAGUCGAGCAGAAAGCAAGUCAAGAACAGGCAAAAAGCGGUAGCACAGAAAAAAAGGGCAGUAAACAAGUGCAUGUCAAAUCUUCGUCUGUUGUGACCGAUAACUUCCCGGAUCUCUCAUUGCACAACAACUGGAUGGCAAAAUGUCUCACACCAGAGCUAUACAACAAACUAUACAAACUGAAGACCCGUUCUGGUUACACGCUAGACUUGGCCAUCCAAACGGGCGUGGAUAAUCCUGGCCACCCAUUCAUCACCACAGUCGGCUGCGUAGCGGGUGACGAAGAAACGUAUCAAGUAUUUGCCGAGUUUUUUGACCCAGUAAUAGAGAAGCGACAUAAUGGAUAUAAGAAAACAGAUAUGCAUAAAACAGACCUUAAUGCGGCUAAUCUGAUUGGUGGAGACGAUCUUGACGAGAAGUACGUGUUGUCGUGUAGAGUAAGGACUGGGCGAAGCAUCAGAGGUCUCGGCUUGCCUCCAUUUUGCACUCGUGGCGAAAGACGGGAGGUGGAAAAGGUCGUUGUUGGAGCUCUAGAUUCUCUAGAUGGAGACUUCAAAGGAAAAUAUUAUCCUUUGGGCAAGAUGACCGAUGAAGAACAAGAACAGCUCAUCAAGGAUCACUUCCUAUUUGAUAAGCCUGUCUCUCCACUCCUAUUGUCUGCGCGUAUGGCACGGGACUGGCCCGACGCCCGCGGGAUCUGGCAUAACGAAAACAAGACCUUCUUGGUAUGGGUCAAUGAGGAGGAUCACACUCGCGUCAUUUCAAUGCAGAAGGGAGGAAACAUGAAGCAAGUAUUCACACGUUUCUGUGACGGCUUGAAUAAGGUCGAGUCUGCUAUCAAAUCCAAGGGAGGCGAAUUCAUGUGGAAUCCUCACCUUGGAUACGUCUUGACAUGUCCUUCAAACCUUGGCACAGGUUUGCGUGCUGGUGUCCAUGUUAAACUUCCCCUCCUGAGCGAGAAUACGAACUUCGAAAGAACAUUACGUCUUCUCCGACUCCAGAAGCGUGGGACAGGGGGAGUCGACACUGCAUCAACUGACGGCACAUUUGAUAUUUCGAAUCUAGACAGACUUGGUUCGUCUGAAGUUGAACAAGUACAGCAGGUCGUAGAUGGUGUCAAGUUGUUGGUGAAAAUGGAAAAAGCCCUCGAAGCUGGACAGUCUAUCGAAAGACUGAUCCCAAAACCGAAUGCGCCUCCGAAAAUCAUCGAAUCAAACUUCCCUGACUUUUCAAACCACAAUAACUGGAUGGCCAAGUGCUUAACAAAGGAAGCAUAUGAAAAGAUGUCCGCACUUCGAACUCCAUCUGGAUUCAGCUUGGAUCAAGCAAUACAGACCGGUGUAGAUAAUCCUGGCCAUCCAUUCAUCAUGACAGUUGGCUGUGUUGCAGGUGAUGAAGAGUCUUAUAGCGUGUUUGCUGACUUGUUUGAUCCUGUCAUUGAAAUGCGCCAUAAUGGCUACAAGAAAUCUGCCAAGCACAAGACCGACCUUAAUCCGCAUAACCUCGUUGGAGGCAACGACCUAGAUGACGACUAUGUGCUUUCCUGUCGUGUUAGAACUGGACGAAGCAUUCGAGGACUGUGUUUACCACCCUGGUGUAGCCGAGCAGAAAGGCGCGAUGUAGAGAAAAUCGUUACAAAUGCCCUCGCAAAACUUCAUGGGCAUUUCAAAGGAACGUAUUACUCCCUGGCAACCAUGACAGACGAAGAACAGGAACAACUUAUUAAUGACCAUUUCUUGUUUGACAAACCCGUAUCGCCUCUCUUGCUGUCCUCGCGCAUGGCUCGGGACUGGCCUGACGCCCGCGGGAUUUGGCACAACAGCGCCAAAGAUUUCCUAGUGUGGAUUAACGAGGAGGAUCACACCCGUGUGAUCUCGAUGCAGAAGGGAGGUAAUAUGAAGGAAGUGUUCACACGAUUCUGUGACGGGCUCUACAAAGUCGAAGCAGCGAUUAAGAAAAAAGGACACGAAUUCAUGUGGAACAGGCAUCUGGGAUUCAUUCUAACAUGCCCCUCGAACCUUGGAACRGGUCUGCGCGGCGGCGUUCAUCUCAAGAUUCCUUUACUCAGUGAAAACCACGAAUUUGAACAACUUCUAAAAGCUUUGCGCCUGCAAAAACGAGGAACCGGUGGAGUAGAUACUGCCUCGGUUGGCGGGGUCUUUGACAUCUCGAACUCAGAUCGCCUUGGGUCGUCGGAAGUUGAACAAGUUCAGACAGUGGUAGAUGGAGUUAAGUUGAUGAUCGAGCUGGAAAAAGCACUAGAAUUGGGAAUGGACAUCGAAGGAUACUGUGAAUCUGUGAAGAAAGGAAAGAAAGUCAGAGGAAUCAUCAGCACUGUCCACAAGGCAAGAGCUGCAGAAGAAAAAAAGCAUCCAAAAUCCAAACCGAAAGUGGAAAAUCGAGCUCCACUGGCUGUUGACAACUUCCCCGAUCUAAGCUCCCACAACAACUGGAUGGCCAAGUGUCUAACGAGAGACAUCUACGAUAAGUUAUGUAAUUUCAAGACUCCCAGUGGUUUUACGCUGGACGGUGUCAUUCAGACUGGAGUGGACAAUCCUGGACACCCUUUUAUUUACACUGUGGGGUGUGUUGCCGGUGAUGAAGAAACGUACGAGGUAUUUGGCGCUCUACUUGAUCCAGUCAUCGAAGCACGGCACAACGGUUACAAGAAAGACGCCAAACAUGUGACAGACCUUAAUCAUGAACAUCUGGUUGGUGGAGAUCUUGAUUCCGAGUUUGUUUUGUCUUGCCGCGUGAGGACUGGGCGCUCCAUCCGGGGAUUAUCUUUGCCGCCUCACUGCACGCGUGCUGAGCGUCGAGAAGUUGAAAAGAUUGCUGUUACGUCAUUGGAUAAGCUGGAAGGUUCUCUUAAAGGGAGGUAUUAUCCGCUGUCAAAGAUGACUGACGAAGAACAAAAUCAACUCAUUAAAGAUCAUUUCUUGUUCGACAAACCAGUAUCACCACUCCUGACGUCAUCUCGCAUGGCACGUGACUGGCCCGACGCCCGCGGGAUCUGGCACAACGACGCGAAAAACUUCUUGGUCUGGGUCAACGAAGAGGACCACUUACGAGUGAUUUCAAUGGAGAAAGGUGGAAAUAUGCGAGGAGUGUUUGAGAGGUUUUGUCAAGGUCUCAGUCAAAUAGAAUCCUUGAUGAAAGAGAGCGGAAAAGAAUUUAUGUGGAACGAACAUCUUGGCUACGUCCUUACCUGCCCGUCAAACCUCGGCACAGGCUUGCGAGGCGGCGUCCACGUUAAACUUCCCCAAUUAUCCCAACAUCCUCGCUUCGAUGAAAUCCUGGAGAAACUGAGACUGCAGAAGCGAGGAACUGGAGGAGUGGACACGGCUUCUACUGAUGGUACUUUCGAUAUAUCCAACCUCGAUAGACUUGGGUUUUCGGAAGUGCAACUGGUGCAGAAGGUUGUGGAUGGCGUGAAGCUGUUGGUCGAUGUGGAAAAAAAACUCAUGGCUGGCGAAGAUAUUGAUAGCUUGAUACCCAACUAAGAUUUCUUUUUUUCUAAAAUAUGUCACUGCUUUUUUGGUAUGCAUUACUGCCUUACAUUUGCAGUGCUUGCCACUCACUUUACAAUUUUCAAUUUGGAAAAAAUCUUCAAUCAAAAUUGAUGUGAUAUGAAUCAAACUGGUGGAGUAAUGAGAUUUUAUUUCUUUCUAUUAUGGACUAAAAAUAACCAGGAUUAACAGUAGCUUGUCUAUAUAAAUCAAGCUAACAUGAACGGACUUUAUUUUUCUUCGACCGAAGAAGUAAUUUUACAGCUGCGUGGAACAUAAAUUAAAUUAUCUGGAUUAAACUUCAAAAAAUCA